UACACGCACCUAGCUCGUGGGAGCCUGAGCCCCCGUAGCGGCCGUGAGCAAUUCGACACUUGUCCCGGAGCCAGCGCCGAGUUCGCCAAGUCCACAACCAUGGCCCAAGGUCUCGGUCUCUACCGGGUCCCAGACCUCGAUGUCGAUGUCGAAGUUGCUCUCAGGAUGAGCGCCGAUAAGUUCAAGGAACAGUUGAAUGAUAUUCAUGUCGACAAGUUCGGAAAGACUACUCUUGACGACGUUUACCGAAGUCUCAGGGACAUUCAGUUCCAGCAACAGGAGCAGAAGACCUUGAUGAACCUCAACAGGAUUGAGUUGUUUCUCAGUGGCAUGUACUCAUUUCAAGAAGUCCUGGACGAUAGGGGCAUGGAAGAUGUUGACGGUAUCAUGGCAUUCGUUUGGGGUCCUAUGAGGUUUCUUCUUGAGACAACCAACGUCAACGAGAGAGCGUUUGAUCACGUACUCGAAGUUUACCAACGACUUGGGAUCCAGAUCCUUCCUCUUUCAGAGUACAAACAAUUCUUUGCAGGAUCCGUCAACGGCAGAGCCUGCCUUCUUAACAUUUACAACGACAUCGCCGAAUUUCACACAACCGCAUACAGGUUGUUCUCUCUCCGCAGCUCAUUAUGGGGUAAAUUACAUAAAGCGACAUGGAAAGAUUUGGAGUCGACAUUCAAACACUUAGCCGCUAGCCUUCGGCUACACGCAGAAUUCAUCCAAACCCACGGGGCUCCUCUCCAAGACCGACAUGCCUUUCGUAGCGUAGACUCCGGCUUCGCGGCACCCCAAAACAGCAUCUUGUUCGAUAAUGACGAUUUCCGCCGCAAAUCCCACCAAUACAUGUUGGAUUACGCAUCACUGCGACAAAAGUUCAGAAAGGACGAAGCCCACAGGAAGCAGAAGCAGAAGCAGAAGGUUCUGAAAUGGAUCGCCGCUCCCAUGAAGACACAGGAAUUGCACAAGAGCUUCGUCAAUAAGAGAGAACCGUAUCCAGAAACCGGACGCUGGCUUUACACCAGGUACGACGCAGUAUCAAAUUGGAUGCGCGAGGACAUACCUCAGGACUCCGCUCUUUGGGUCUACGGCAAGAAAGGCAUGGGCAAGUCAAUUUUGUCGUCACUGGUGGUCACCCGGUUGCAGGAACUCGUCAGGACCCAAGACAUCCCGAAAGUACAAACGUGCUACUUCUACUGCCAGGACGCAGACCCGGAACUGAACACGUACUUUGGCAUACUCAGGGGCAUCGUCCAUCAACUCGUCUCCGCAGUUGACGUAUCGAACCUUGAUGAGUCAAACGAAGAUGAGUAUGACAUUUCGGCGUGUUGUAACAAGUACAAUGGGUUCAUUCUUCCUCUUUGCGACGACAAAAUCACGAACAGUGGUGGCUCGACUCUAUCAACGACGGAGGGAUGCCUUUCACUCAUCGAGGCAUUUUUUGAGAUUAACCCUCGAUUAUACAUUGUUGUGGACGGACUGGAUGAGUGCGCAGGCCGCGUGGAAAUCCAGCAGAUAGUGUCCUUCUUGGUGGCUCAAGUUUCGCGUCUAGACGAGAUUAGUCAAGGACAGUUGCGGGUGCUGUUCAUGAGUCAACCGAAUCCCGAGGUCAAAGCAGCCAUGUCAAAGCCUACCGUCAGUCCGAUUAUCGGCGAAGUUGAACUACAGGCCACCGAUAACACACAAGAUAUACGGACAUAUGUGAAGAGCCGGCUGGAUCCAGCGGAGUUGGUCAAGUCACGAAGGCAGGUGAGGGGGAGGAUCAACCCUACCGAAGCUUCAUUACUAGAAGCUUCUGGGAACAACUUCAACCUUCUAGAGCAAGAUAUACAACGCAUCGAAGAAGAGGUUUCGUUACAGAGCGAAGGCCUUUUCCUCUACGCAGUCCUCGCUGUGGACUACCUCUUGAACCAAUGGAGUAAAGGUGAACUCCUCCGAAAGGUUUCAUCGCGCAUGCUUCCUGACGGCAUUACAAAGAUGUACGACAUGGUCUUAGAGAGCCUCAAGGAGAAGAUGCUGGAUUUGUCUUCAACUCAUUGGGACAAGACUAAGCUUCUCCUCGGCUGGCUUGCCUGCGCCCAUCGCCCGCUCAAGUGGCACGAGAUACAAGCCAUCAUCGCUUAUGACCUUGAGAUGGAUGAAAUAGACUUUGACCUUCGCAUGAUUCGAAGAGAAAACAUCAAUAACUUUCUAGGGUCGCUGGUCGAAGUCUUGCCGGGCGAUGAGAUUCGUCUCAUGCACUCAACGGCUAAGGACCAUCUCGUUUCUAGCAGACUUAUCCACGCGAAAUCAGUUCAGUGCGAUCUCGCCAUUCUAUGUCUGCGCUACCUCUCUCUACGCUGCUUUGCAGCCGAAGACUACAGCGUAGUCGAGUUGCACAGUCAUAUACGUAAAGGCUACUUUUCAUUCCAAGACUAUGCCAUCCCUCAAUGGUACAAACACAUCAAUACCGUCAUUAGAGAAUGCCAUGAACUAUUCUCACCCACCUUCUACCACGAUGCAGGAGUAGAACCAGGACGCAACUUCGUCGGAGAAUUCGGGUCGGCUUUGGCUAGGUUCAUCUCUGCUUAUGAUACCGAUAUCAAGAGGGAGACGCACCCAGAGUUCCCUGAGGAUGACUUGUCAAAGUACAUCAGCUUGCCAUUCUACCCCGAUCUCGCUCGCUUAUGGAAUCAUAUCUUUACCCAUCAGAAAGCUUCCGCCAACGAACGCAACGAAGUCGGCAUUAGCCGCUUACAAGACGCCCUCACUUCGCACCGCGAGGUCCUGGCAAGUGAGUACCAGCCAGACACGGUCAUGUUUGGGAGCGACACCAUGGAGACCUACUACGGGCCCAACCUUUUCAAAUGCAAGAAAACACUGUGCAAGUUUUUCUAUGAAGGCUUCAAGACCGAGAAAGAUCGGGAUGCACACCACAAUCGCCACGAUAGACCGUAUCCGUGCCCCAUCAAGACAUGCAACUCGGCGCCCGUUGGGUUCUCGUCCAAUAAGGACAAGGAAAGGCACGUCAGGACGUACCACCCAGAAGAGAUUGACGGACAGACGCCCUUCAUACAAAUGAGCAGGAGGGUCGAAACGGCCAAGUUUCCGUGCAAGAUGUGCGGGAAGUGUUUUACGCGGAAUAUCAACUUGAAGGGGCACAUGAGGAGUCACUUUGGCGAGAGGCCUUUUGCCUGCCCGAAUUGCGGAAAGGCAUUUGCUAGGCUAAAUGAUUGUAAGCGACAUGAGCGUAUCCAUACCAGGAGAGGGGCAUAG